AUGGCAACCGGCUUCGCUUCCAAGGCUACACAAGCCGGUCCCAAUCUCGACGACAACAACAACGACAACGACAUUGACAAUGAUAAAGAGAACAACCCUCAGAAUCCCAGCACAAAGAAGGUCACCGAGAGCGCCCACAAUCCAGAUGAAAUUCUCAACCCGUCCUUCAUCGAUCUCUUCAUCGAAGAAGAACCACCACAAUGGACCCUCGAAGACCUCCAACAACUGCACGUAAUCCGUGGACAACCAGCCAACACCGUCGCACCGUUCCAAAAGCUACCUGUCGAAUUAGUCGAGCACAUUGCCUACAAUCUCACACAUUUUCGAGAUAUCCGAUCUAUGGCUAACAGCUGUAGUUUCUUCCGAAGGAUAUUGUUCGAAUCUUCGAAUCAUUUGUUUUGGUAUAAAUGGUCGAAGGCACCGCAUUCGAUGUGUAGAUGGGAUAUGGGGUAUUAUCGACAGAACAGGGCUUAUCAGAAUACAAUUGUUAAUCAACAGAACGGGAAGAGGAGGAAGAGGUGUGAGAAGUGUAUGGCUAGAGCUAUUCCGGGGAUGGCGUUUAAGAAGAAGACUUGUUUGGAUUGUUGGGAUGAUUUGGGGAUUGCUGCAAAUGAACUCUACUUUAUUAACAACAUCGACAUCUCUGCUAUCCCUCACGAAUACGUUAAAGGAGCGUAUGCAUACCCCACAUCGGCCUACCACCACGUCGCCUACCCCCGCCGUGAAUGGGAUCUGUUGUACUUCUACAAACCCGGCAAGCUCGAGGGGCAACUUCUAACUACCCCGGUUCAAAUCGCCCGUGAUGGUCGCCCUGCCAAAUUGAUCGAAUACGCCAAGCAAACGAUAGGAAAUAUGUCUAGUGAAAUUCUCCAGAUCAUCAAGGGUAUGGGAUAUCGAUACUCCCAAUAUGCGUAUUAUAAAUCCGGGCCUAGCGUUAGACGGGAAAAAUGGUACGCUGGGACUGUUGAGUUCCUUAUUUGCCCUGCCGAGGUUGUUCAUCGGAUGUUGGAGACUUUGAUAAUUCAGGAUAUCGGGGAGGAGUGGAUGGAGAGAGGGGAGUAUAAGAGACUUGAAGAACCCGGGAAGCUUUACGGGCGUACCUCUGCUAUCGCCGAAGGGUUUAGAAAAGUUGAUUGCGAGUUGCAGAAGGAACCCGAGUGGCUUGAAGAGUUUGGAGAGGAUUUGUCGAAUCUUCAUGAGUGUGAUUCUGAGUGUCAUAGGAAGAAGAGGGCAACUUUGUUUAAGAAGACUUGGUGGCCUCGAGCGGAGAAAAGAUUUGUGGAAACUUUGGUUGGUGGGAAUGCGAUUCAGUUGACGGAUGAGGAGGUUAGUAAGCUUAGCGCCGCUAAUUAUGCUUGGCAGUGGAGGGAUAAGAUGCAGAAGAUUGUGGAUGGGAUGUUGCUCGAGUGUAAAUGGGUUAUUCCGGGGUUGAAUGGGGAGUGGACUGCUGAGACGGUGAAGGAGUGGGAGAAGGUUCAUGGGAAGGAUGGGUCUACGUCUUCUGGGUACUACUGA